AUGUCUUCUUCUUCUGAAGAAGAUUCCCCCAAGCCCCUCGGCAAGAAGGGCGUAACAAAGAAGGCGGCGGCCUCGGACUCGAAGAGCGCUGAAUCGAAAAUGCACACGCAUCGACGAUCGCGGAAUGGCUGCUACACCUGUCGAAUUCGAAGAAAGAAAUGCGAAGAAGGCAGGCCGUCUUGCAAGGCAUGCAGGAACUUGGGCCUGCAAUGCUACUACAAGCGGCCGACGUGGUGGGGCAAUGUCGAGAUGCGGAGGGAGGAAAAGGAACAAAUGAAAGAGGUCAUCAAGCAAACUCAACUGUCCAAGAAGGCUGCGCAAGCCCAGCAGCAGCGACAACAGGCGUCCACGUCUGCGCAGCCCAGCUUGUGCGGGUCGAUGCCGCCACCGCCGCCGGUCGCGGACUAUUUCGCAGACUCAAUACCGCACAGCCGUCGGCCAUCGAUCCUGUCGCCAUUCUCUUACGACUUCCCUCAGAUUUCCCCAGACGACUUCCUGGAGCUCCAGCCGCCGCAGUCGAUCAUGUCGCAUGGUCCCUAUCCGAUGUUCUCGCCCUACGAGAUUGACAUCAAGACGGAACGCCAAAUUUACGUCAACGACGUGCCCACGCGCAGGGAUUCGACAAUCUCGACGUUCAACACCUACCAGCCUCCUCCACUGUCUGAUGGUAUGCUGGCAUACCCAGAAGACAGCUGGGUGCAGCAGGAACAUCACGAGAGCUUCCAAGAAUCCUUCACGGAAGAGCCGGUGGACUUUAACUUUUUCCAAUUCCCGCAUGGCUCCAUGAGUCCGGACCACGAGACGGUCAUCAACGUCGAAGAGUGCGACAAGCACCUGCUCAAUCACUUCUUGGACAAGGUGCUGAAGUUGAUAUUCCCCAUCCUCGACGCCAAUCAGCAUGGCUCCGCUCGGGCGGACGUCAUCUUGCCAGCCUUAGAGUCGAAUACGGCUUAUCUGAGCUGUUGUCUGAGCAUCGCUGCGGCGCAUAAGAAGGCAACAGAAGGCUUGAGCGGAGAGCAGAUCGACAAUGAUAUCGUCCGACAUCGAUUUGCCGUCGUCUCCGAACUCGUCGAUGCAUUGAAAGAGGAUGUGAAUCAUGCGGGCAUCCUCGAGGCGACACUAGGCAUGAUCUUCUUCCAGUGCUCCGUGGGUCGACCGGAGGAUGUCCUGCCAGAUAUUCCCUGGCAUCAGCACUUCGAAGCUGCGACGAGUCUCGUGAUGAAGCUUGAUCUCCCGAGCGCGGUAUUGAAUCUGGGAGAUAACGGGUUCAUACAGCCGCCAUUCAACAUGACACUGGCCUCUUGGGUUGACAUCCUCGGCUCGACAAUGUUAGGUCGCUCGCCAACCUUCGCUGACACCUACCGCGAGUUAAACCUCCGGCGCGGGAGUGCUGGCUUGGCCGAACUGAUGGGCUGCGACGACACGAUCAUGUUUCUGAUCUCGGAGAUUGCGUGUCUUGACAUGCAGAAGCGCGAGGGGGCUGUGAGCGAGCUACAGCUGUGCAACUAUGUCACGCAUCUGGCGGACGCCAUCACUUUAUCCCAGCCUCCACCAGGUGCCGUGCAGAGUUGUUUCUCCAGCACAGGAGCCAUCCGGCCGAAGCAGCUGACGACGAACAUCUCCGCCGUCUUCCGCGUGGCAGCACGUGUCUACCUCUGCGCGCUCGUGCCCGGGUUCGAGCCGCGUCAGCCGAGCAUGUGCCAUCUCAUCUCGCAGUUCGCGGAAUUCAUGAACUUCAUCCCGGCCGGCCCAGAAGGGUUUGAUCGGUCACUCGUCUGGCCCCUCCUCGUCGCUGGCUCUGUGUCGGUAGAGGGUUCCCCAUUCCGCACCAUGUUCGAACAGCGCUCCAAGCGGCUGGGUGAUGGGUCGAAGUUCGGCUCUUUCGGGAGGAUCAGCGAACUGCUGAAGGAUAUCUGGCAGAUCAACGACGCCGCCGCGGCGAGGGGUGAGUACCAGGGCGUCCACUGGCGGGACGUGAUGCAGCAGAAGGGCUGGGACUUCUUGCUCAUAUAG